ACAGGGAACGUACGUGCGUUCCACAUCGAAAACUUCAUAAAUAUUUGACAUUUGACAAUAAACGGGCGGGAAAACAACCGCCUUGUUGUGUGAUAGUGACAAGUUUGUUUUUUUUUCUUUGUGUUACGUGAUCAACGUGUUAAUGUUUUCAGUCUGAAUUUUUAGGAAACUGUCAAUAAAUUCACCGUAUAAGCGAUAUAUCUAAAUAUUUUUGUGAUGAAAAUUGUGUUUUAAGUUUUUGAGUUCAAAAUGGAUAAAUUCGUAAAGAGAGUCAAAGUGUGGAGUGGUGUGUCUAGAAAACCAUCGACACCAGAGUUGAGCAGGAGCCAGUAUUCACUGGUGUCGACUGGGGAGCUGACGGCGGAAGCUCUUCAAGUCUGGCUGAAGCUACCGCGGAAGAUCAAAUACGACCCCGAAUUGGAAUCAUUCCAGAAGUGCUAUGACAAAGAAAUUGCAAGUCAACAAGAAAAUAUUCCACUGAAGCUGAAGAAUGGCUCGACGCCGGAAACGAAGCGGCUGCCACUCGUCAAAUCUGCGCCACAUUUGAACAACAAUAGGAUAGACGAAUCGCCGAGCGCUGAUGGGAAAUUAGAUGGGGUUGAAAUACACAGUCCGGGUAAACACGAUGCAAGCAUCGAAAAUAACUCAACGCCAAGAUAUCCGAAGUUAGCAAAGGCAGGACAUUACGUGAAAAUGACGCUAUUGCUGUCCGGCUGGGUUUUCUUCACGCUGAUAUUCAUGAUGUACAACGAGAAGGAGGAAAUCACCAGGAACUCUUCGGUCAACCCCGGGGAAAUUAAAAAUUACAUGAUAAACGUGUCCGAGAGUCAACUUACUCUACUAGUUAAACUAUCUGGACCGUUCCUGACCGAGCAAGCGGAAGGUAGGAUGAACACAUCGGAACAGGACGAUUACAGGAAAAUGGACGUUUGGCUCGAGACUUGGUCGACGGACAUGAAAAACUCCGGGAAAGAGAUGUCACAACUCUGGACAAUAAUGCUACAGGAAAACGACUUAGACUUCAAACAGGGAGAGUCCCGUUCGACCAUCUUGAAUAUAGAAACGAAUCGGACGAAUCACAGCGUUUACGCAUUACGCAUGCGCACGUCGGCCAAUGAGAGCGUGCCGUUCACGAUAAAUUACAAGAUAAAUCCACUAGAUGCCAGCACAGGAGUCUUGUACUCUUGCAUCCUGCUUUUUGGAUUGUACGUGUUGAUUAUAUUUGAGAUCAUCAACCGCACAAUGGCAGCCGUUCUCAUAUCAACGGCAUCGCUGGCCGUCCUCUCUCUCAUUGGUGAGAGGCCCUCGCUCCCUGAACUAGUCUCCUGGUUGGAUAUGGAAACUCUGCUGCUGCUGUUCAGCAUGAUGAUCCUGGUUUCCAUUAUGGCUGAAACUGGGAUGUUCGAUUUUCUUGCCGUAUUCACGUUUGAGGUGACCAAAGGAAAACUGUGGCCACUGAUAACCCUGCUGUGUGCUAUAACAGCGUUGCUGUCGACGUUUUUGGACAACGUCACAACAGUCCUGUUGAUGACGCCAGUGACGAUAAGGUUGUGCGAAGUGAUGGACAUGGAUCCCGUGCCAAUAUUAAUGUCGAUGGUACUCUUCAGUAACAUAGGCGGUACUGCUACCCCCGUCGGUGAUCCGCCGAACGUCAUCAUUGCUUCGAAUAAAGCUGUUGUACUAGCGGGGAUAAACUUCACGAAUUUCACAAUGCAUAUGACGGUAGGUAUACUGCUGGUGUGCGUACAGACAUAUUUCCAGCUCAGAUAUAUAUAUAGAGAUACGAACAAACUGCGUCUCAAUGUGCCGAGAGAAAUUCAAGACCUUCGCCAUCAAAUAUCGAUAUGGCGUCGAGCGAUAGAGUCGCUCCCACACUUGAGCAAAGACCAGCAGGUGGUGAGAGAAAGGCUGGAGAGGAAGAUGAAGAAGCUAACGGUCCAGCUGGACACGAUGGUCAAAGAGAGUUCGAAAAGAGUUUGCCCGAAGGAGACCUUUCAAACUACCCUCGGACAAUUAAAAGAGAAAUACAAAAUCCGCGACAAGAUGUUACUUCUGAAAUCAACGGUUGCCAUUAGUUUCGUCGUUGUCGUGUUCUUCCUGCACUCGAUACCGGAAUUGAAUCGAAUAUCUCUCGGCUGGACGGCUCUUUUGGGCGCCAUUUUGCUCCUGACGCUCGCCGACCGAGAGGACCUGGAGCCGAUACUGCAUCGAGUCGAAUGGUCCACGUUACUGUUCUUCGCGUCGCUGUUUGUGCUUAUGGAGGCUCUAUCGAAACUUGGUCUCAUCACAUUCAUCGGAGGUCUGACCGAAUCGCUCAUUUUGAAGGUCGACGAAAACGGUAGACUUGCCGUCGCCAUUCUUCUCCUUUUGUGGGUAUCAGGUAUCACCUCGGCGUUCGUAGACAACAUACCGCUGACGACUAUGAUGGUGCGCGUGGUCAUCGCGCUGGGAUCCAACCCGACGCUAAAUUUACCAAUCACGCCACUCAUUUGGUCACUAUCGUUUGGGGCCUGUCUAGGAGGUAACGGCACAUUAAUCGGCGCAAGUGCGAACGUUGUCUGCGCGGGAGUCGCCGAACAGCACGGCUACAGGUUCACCUUCUUGCAAUUCUUCAAAAUCGGUUUCCCGGUUAUGAUUGGCCAUCUCAUCGUCGCGUCCGGUUAUUUGCUUCUCUGUCAUUGCGUCUUUACUUGGCAUUGAAAAUUCUAACCAAUUGGAACAAACAAGUAAUUAAACUGAUUAUUAUUGUAUAACCGACCAAAUUAAAAGCGUUGUACCUUUUAUUUAAUCGUUAAGUAUAAAUAAAUUAAUUGCCAUACGUCCUAAUGCAGGACAAACUCAAUACAGACCAAGUUUCGUACGAAUUUGUUCAGAAUUUUUGGUGUUAUUGUUUAACGAACAUGCAGACAUUUCAUGCAUUUAUAAUGUUAGUAUUGUACAAGCCCAACAGACAGUUGUCAUCGUCAUUGUUUGUAUGUUUUAAUGUUUGCCAAACCGUCAAAACCAAACACUUGGAUUGCAUUAAUGAAAUUUGGUAACGAGGUCGAUUGUGAAAUUAUUUAAGACAUAUCAUGGUUAAAAUUAACCAUUAAAAUACUUGAAUUUACUAAGUUCGCUUUGAUAUACGGAAAUUAUAAUCGUAACUUUUUUUUAUGAUAUCGGUAGGCGGACGAGCUUAUGGGCCACCUGAUGGUAAGUGGUCCCCACCGCCCAUAGACAAUGGCGUUGUAAGAAAUAUUAACCUGUGUUUCAUUAAACCUUCAAGCACACGUAAUGUUCCGUGAUCUCUACGUGGAACAGAAGACGUCUACAGUGCAUCGUCAUUGGGAUUUGGUCAAGGGUCAUUUCAUCUCAGACCAUGUUAGAGCCCUAUUGUCUUUAUCUCUCCACUACGCGUCAGCCUUGCUUGGGAUGGUACACUAUCUUUUCAAAUACAUUGUUUGUUUCGGUAUAUACCUGAUAUCCCUUCCGAGAGUGUGCACCAACCAUGCCCAUUUUCUACGAGAUUAUAUGUAUAAAAUUUAUUGACUAAAGUUUGCCGUUUAGCGAUAUUUGGAGGCAAAUUAGAACCCUUCUACUAAGUGGCAGUGCCCUUGCUAGUAUCCUUUUUAAUUUUGGAAUAUCCAUGAUGCUAGAAAAAGUCAAUAGCGAUUGUUGUCGAUGAAUGUAAUCGAUAAAAAUAAAUAAACAUACAUACAAAUGUUUAAAAAUAGGUGGUUACUUUUAUCGUAAAUAAAAUAAACCGUAUAAAUAUAUUAAUAAUUAUAAAUUAUUGUGAUAUAUAUAUUUUAACUUUAUUUAUAUUUUUUUCGUUUUAUUUAAAUAAAAAAUGGCGGUAAAAACCACCAUAUUGGUCGUUAUGACAGAUGAUAUCCGCCAUGUUGUUUGUCAUGACAGAUGACAUCUGUGAUUUUUACUUUUCUCUUAACUUGUUAAGUUUCAGCCCAUUUAUUUUACUAUUGCGAUUUCAAUCAAAAAGAAAAAGAAAAUCAGCUACGUUCCCACAGGGUUAAGUGCUAAUUAAAGCUGACCGUUGACAGUUGACAUUCAUGUCUGUCACCUGUCAGUUGUAAUUGUAAAAUGUUAUU